GUCAGACGUCAGUAUUGUCAGUAACCGCGAGUUCCUCGUUGUGAAUAGACACGCGUCUUCUUGUACGCGGCGAUUACGAACGCAAUCAGCCGCGAUGUCGCGUGUUUACCAACCUACCGAUUAUGUUGUCGAAAAGUCGCUAUUGCCGUCUUUUGAAAAAUACAAAGAAAUGCAUAAACAAUCAUUAGAUGAUCCUGAAAAGUUUUGGUCUCAAAUAGCGAGCGAAUUCGAUUGGCAGACUCCGGCUCAGCCCGGCAAAUUCGUAUCGUACAAUUUCGACCUGAAUAAAGGGAACAUUUUUGUCAAAUGGAUGGAAGGGGCAGUCACUAAUAUUUGCUUCAAUUUAUUGGACCGCAAUGUGAGGAAUGGGCACGGGGACAAGAUAGCUUAUUACUGGGAAGGAAACCACCCGGACGACUACAGCCGCAUCACGUACAGGAAGCUGAUGGACCUGGUGUGCCAGUUCUCCAACGCUCUGAAGGAUAACGGCGUGGGGAAGGGAGACCGCGUGUCUCUCUACAUGCCCAUGAUUCUGGAGACGGUGGUGUGCAUGCUGGCGUGCGCGAGGAUCGGUGCCAUCCAUUCCGUUGUGUUCGCAGGGUUUUCUUCGGAUUCGCUCGCGGAGAGGAUGGCGAGCUGCAAGGCCAAGGUGCUGGUGACGGCGGACGGCGGGUGGCGCGGCGAGAAGCUGCUAGUGCUCAAGAACACUUGCGACGAGGCCAUGCAGAAGGCGAAGGCCAAAUACAACCACAAGGUCGACAAGUGCAUCGUCGUGUCGCACCUCCAGAGAGUCACGCCCUGUGGGAAACUGCCCGAUGAUGUCUCGUCUUUGUACAAAUGGACGGAAGACAGAGACGUGUGGUGGCAUGACAUAAUGGAGGGCCAAUCCACCUUCUGCCCGCCAGAAUGGAUGGGUGCAGAGGAACCGCUGUUCAUGCUCUAUACCAGCGGAUCCACCGGCAAGCCGAAAGGCGUGUUGCACACCACCGCCGGCUAUCUGCUGUACGCCGCCACCACCUUCCGCUACGUGUUCGACUACAGAGACAAGGACGUGUACUGGUGCACCGCCGACGUCGGCUGGAUCACGGGCCACACCUACGUCGUGUACGCACCGCUCGCCAACGCCGCCACCUCUGUCCUCUUCGAGGGCACCCCGUUCUACCCAGACCACGACCGCUACUGGGCCGUGGUGGAGAAGUGCAAGGUGUCGCAGUUCUACACCGCGCCCACCGCCAUCAGAACCCUCACCAAGUUUGGCGAGGAGCCCGUUAAAAGGCACGAUUUAAUGUCGCUGCGGGUGCUGGGCAGCGUGGGCGAGCCGAUCAACCCCGAGGCGUGGCUGUGGUACUACAACCUGGUGGGCAACGGUCGCUGCUCCAUAGCCGACACCUUCUGGCAGACCGAGACCGGUGGCCACGUCAUCACCAGCCUGCCGGGAGCCACGCCGAUGAAGCCCGGCGCUGCGGGCUUCCCGUUCUUCGGCGUGGAGCCGACGCUUCUGGACGAGAGCGGCGCCGUGAUCGAGGGCCCCGGCGAGGGCUACCUGGUGUUCGCGCGGCCCUGGCCCGGCGUCAUGCGCACGCUGUGGGCCGACCACGACCGCUACGAGCAGGUCUACUUCUCCAAGUUCCCUGGCUACUACUGCACUGGCGAUGGUGCUCGUCGCGACGAGGACGGGUUCCUGUGGGUGACAGGGCGCAUCGACGACAUGCUCAACGUGUCGGGCCACCUGAUGUCGACGUCCGAGGUGGAGGGCGUGCUCACGGAGCACCCGCACGUGGCCGAGGCGGCCGUCGUGUCCAAGCCGCACCCCAUCAAGGGUGAGUCGCUAUACUGUUUCGUGGUGCUGGUCGACGGCGUGCAGCUGGACGCGGUGAUGCUGGACGCGCUGCGCAAGCUGGUGCGCGCGCGGAUCGGCGCGUUCGGCGUGCCCGACACCGUGCAGUACGCGCCCGGGCUGCCCAAGACGCGCUCCGGCAAGAUCAUGCGCCGCGUGCUGCGCAAGGUGGCCGUCGGCGACCGCGACGUCGGCGACGUCUCCACGCUCGCCGAGCCCGCCGUCGUCGAACAACUCUUUAACAACAGGCCUUAGACACUUCCGUUACAUGUUAUGUUACGCUUUGUUUCCUAAUUGAAUCGAUAAGAAAUAAUUUGUAGGUUUUCCCUAAGUCUACAUGCUACGGGUUGCUAUCCGCUUCCAUCCUUGUUUAGACAUAUUAAGUUUAUGUUUUGACUGCACAUAAUGCAGACUUGUUAGCAACUAUUUUUUGACAUCAUCAUUAAUCAUGUAAAUUUGCCUAAAUUUACAACAUUAUACCUACUAACGGAACCAACUUUAGAAAAGGGAGCUUGGCGGUGUUAUCGUUAACAAGCUGAGCUGUGCCCAACAAUAUGGUUUAUCAUUUAUAUAUUACGCUUACCUAAUUGAAUUAAGAAAUGAGACAGGAAUAUAAUACCUACUACCGAUAUACUGACUCAUCAAACCCAUACACAACUAUAAGUGAGCUUUGUUAAUUGUAUAAAUGUUUAUUAUAUUAUAAAAAUGUUAUUAUCGAAUAUGUAAACAAGUGAUUAUUCAAACAUCUUCUGUAAGGUAAGAUGUGCUUAAAGUGUUAAUAGUAAUUCUAUAAGAGGGGUAGAGUACGUAUAAGUAAAACUAACAAGUUAUUUACGGCAAUAUAAUAACAUUAAUAACCCCGCGACCCUCAUAUUGCGCGGCAAUCGCGUGCGAUAUUCUGUGUAGGUACAAACCGUACAAAGUCGUUCCUGAUUACUUUCUCUGUUUUAAAGUGUAAGCAAAAAUAUAGUCUUUCAAUAAAGGUAAUAAUAAUUAUUGAACUAAUUGUCGCUACCUUAACAGUUAGGGACUGUUGUUAUUAUUUUCAUUUGAUAACCUUGGGACAAGUAGAUGUGUUUACUUUGUGAUUAUUUGAUAUUUUAUGCCAUUAGAUAUAUCGGAGCGGCCAAGGCGUUCACAAAUAUCGCUCUGCUAUAUAUUAGAGUGUGUUUUAAGGUAUUUUGGAACACCUCGGCCGGUCUGAUAUAUCUGACGUCGACCGUACUUUUUGGUACAUGUGAUUGGUUGUUUUGGUAAAUGUGUAUUUGUGUAGGAGUGAGUGGGUGUAAUAUAAUAUAAUAUUAAGCCUUAUAGGUACAUUGUAAUUUGUAAACACGGGCCGUUUUAUUUGGAAAGUAAGUAUUUGUUCUGAUGAUAGGUACCUAUAGUGUUAUGAAGAUACAAGUUGUCAUUUGUUUGUACGAACAGUAAAACUGUUGUAUUAAAAAUGAUGAGUCAUUCCACGAUUUUUCUGUAAGUACCUAAUAUUUAUACUUAAUUUAAGAAGAAAAUGUUUAGUAGACUUAUUAUUUAUAUUAGUUUCUAAUAUCUUUGUCUGGUCAUACCAAUACAUUGUACAAAGCUAAUUAUUUUAAGUAGCUCUGUCCGUUUGUCCAUCAGCCAAAUACGAGUGUAGAAUACUGCAGCGCAUUGUGUACCUAAUCCUAUGCAAAUAAUGUACAUAUAUGUAACGUUAGACGACCGCCACGCCGACAAUGAAAUGCUUACCUCCUGACAUGUAACAAAAAAUUAUAAUAAUACAAAAUAUAGCUGUAAACUUAAUUGUAGAUUUAUAUUUUAAGUAUCAUUAUUUUAUUAUGGAAAAUAGGUAGACACCUACGUUUUGAUAAACAUACACAUUUGAUUUACAUUUUUUCUUCAUUAUGUUUUUUGUAUUCGUUUUUAUUCUUUUAAUAAUGUAGAUCUUAUAAUUUAUAGGUUGUGAUAUUGUUAGUUUGCCAUUGAUACAUGUUGGUUCCUGUAUUGUGCACAAAAUAAAUGAUUCAGGGUCACACUGCUGAAUGUUAUCGUUGAA